AUGGUUGGUAAGGUGCUCGAGCAGCUCGAUAUGGAAAAGAAGAGAGCGCAAGAACUUAGCAAGAUGAGGAAGGCUAACCAGGCAGAGUGCUGGUGGCAGAAUCCAAUGAGUGAAAUGAACAAAGAACAACUGGGACAAUUGAAGCUCGCCUUGGAGGAGCUUCAGAAAAAUGUGGCAAAACAAUCUCAAACUAUUCUUUUUCAAAACUUGAACAAUGGCACCCAGUCUUUUGGUCCUGCUCAAGUCAUGCUUCCUACUGCAGGGCUCAAUGGUAAUGUGUUCGAUUUCGAUCCCAAUGUGGUGCCUCCUCCUGCUGCAAUGCCUCCGGCAUAUAAUUUCGGAUUUGGAAGUAAUGGGUUUUAUUAG